CAGCUGUUGACCACACGGAUCCCUAGAGGACCUGGACCUCUGACAGAGACCAGAAUGGAGAGCUCCUGAUAGUUUUCCCCUCCGUAAAGGAGACUAAUCUUUAUUUAAGGAAAGUUUCGGGGACCAUUAGGCCUGUCUCUGACCUGACAGAGGGGAUGAUGUCUCCGCUGCAGCUGUCCGUCUACUGGCGUCUCUCUCUCGUCUUCAUCUUCUCCUCCUUUCUCUUCUUCCUCGACAUUUUCACGGCUGCCAUCAUCGCCGCCACUUGUCACCAGGGUAACGGCACCGGCAGCGUGCACACUUGGCAUGGAGCGUUCGAGAUCAACCAAUCAGAGCUCAUGGAAUCUUCCCAAGUCAACGCUGAUUGGUGGACGGAGAGCGGGAAUCCAGACUCAGUGUGUGGUUGGGCAGACUGGUUGUCCUUUGGUCAGACUCUCUUCAUGGUCGGCCUGCUGCUGGGAUCUCUGAUUGGAGGAGCCAUAUCUGACCGGUAUGGGAAGCGUCCGGUGCUGCUGGUGUGCGUGUGCAUGCACGCGAUCUGUGGUAUUGUACCCGCUAUCCUUCCUCAGCCAAUCCUGUUCCUCGUUAUUCGCUGCCUGACGGGCGUUUGCAGCUGCUGCAUCAGCAUCUGCUCCUUCAGUCUGGCUGUGGAGUGGACGCCUCCUGCUGCUCGUCUCUGGCCCCCUGCCUUUCUGCCGUUCUGUUUCAGUCUGGGGACGAUAGCCGGAGCUCCACUGGCGUGGCUCAGCCCCUCCUGGAGACAGCUGCACCUCUCUCUGGGUCUGCCACAGCUCAUCUGUCUGCCUCUCUACCUAGCCAUCCCAGAGUCUCCUCGCUGGUUGCUGUUAAAAAGGAGGAUGGAUGUUCUGGAGUGUUACCAAAACAAUAGUCCUGCUGAUAAACAGUGUCUGGACCUGGUGCUGGACUCAGCCUGGUCUGACCUGCAGAAAGCCUCUCAGGUGCCGAAAGAGCCACCAUCCAAAGGCCACGCCUCCACUGACUUAAUGCACCUGAAACACCCAACAGUCCUGCUGCGGCUCUUCAUCAUGAGCUACCUCAGUGCAGUGACAGCCCUGACCUACUUCGGCAUCUGUAUGAACAUCGGUUCGUUUGGUGUUGGCGUUUACUCUGCCCAGUUCUUCUCUGGCCUAUCAGAAGCCCCCUGCCUGCUCGUCCCAUUGGUCAACCUGGGUCGACGUCCAAUCAGCGUGCUUGCGCUGUUCCUGAGUGGAUCGGCGUGCUUCCUGUCUUUACUGCUGUCCAGAUUCAACUGUAAGGCGGAGCUGGUGAUGAGUCUGGCUCUGCUGGGUAAGCUCUGCAUCCUGGCUGCUAACUUCAUCUCUGUUCUGUACAGCAUUGAGCUGUUUCCCACCGUGGUCAGACAGCGCUGCGUGUCCUUUGUGAACUUGUGCUUCCGCAUCGGUUGCCUGGUCAACUCUCUCGUCCCCCCCACUUCGAAUGGAACAAUCUCGUUGGCCGCCAUGGUGGCAUACAGCAGUGGACCAAUUGUAGGAUGCUGGCUGUGCCUGCUUCUGCCAGAGACCAGCGGCGUUUCACUUCCUGAUACAGUGGAGGACUGUGACAGGCAGCCUAAGCCGGGCCUACCAAAUAUCAGCGCCUUCUGGAGGAAACAGAAGCCUGUGAGCAGGAAAACGGAGGGGCUCCAUGCAGAGAAAGACGCAGGACCGAUAUGAACACCAUCACACUGGAACUUUAAAUUAUUAGAGUUUGGUUCAAGAUUUAUAAAUACAAGACCAAAAACUAGUGAGUGCAGAUCAGCCUGUCUGUGAGAAGAAGAAGACAGCAGGUGAUGAUGCAGCGUGAUUGGCUGAUUGUCUUUAUGUUCAUGUUUUUGUUUCUAUCACUGUGAAAAUAAACUUUUAUCCUCAUUAUUACUGUAGUAACAUGGUUUCCUUUACACAUGAAUAUCUACGGCCAGUGUAUCUACAGCCAACAUGCUUUUAAUUUGAAAUGAGAAAUCUAAAUCAAGAAACGAGCCGUUUCCAAAGACUGUUUAAAAAAAGGACAGAAACAGAAAAACCUCGGCUCUCAGUAAGGUCAGAUCAAACCAGGACUCAGAAAAUGGAUCAAAAAAAGGAAUGCAGGUGAAGACAGACAGGAAAUACAGGGAUAGAGAGAAUGAGGGAAGACCUGCUCCAAACACGGCCCAGACCGGGAAUCAUGUCCGGGGUGUGGAGGACCCUGGUCUCUGCUCGACCAGCUCAGCAAAAAUCUAAACAAGGCAGCUUUACAUUACGGUAUGAUGUGUUUAAGUUCAGCUCGGUUAAAUGACAGGCUAAGGUAAAUAUAACGUCAUCAUAAUGUGUUCAAAUGUAACUUAAUUCCAGCUGUUAGGAUGAAAUCACAGCAGCAGAUAAUAAAACAGUAUUAAUGGUGAUAAUGAUGAGGACUAAAUGAAGGUAACAGUGUCAAUAAAAAACUCGGUCCCAUCCCUAACUGCUCUACACAUCCUCUCAUUCCUCACUGAUCAAUAUCUGUGAUCAAUAUUUAAACUGUUUUCUGGAUUUUGGUCAACCAGUCCUUCUGAGUUGAAAAAGUUUAGUUCAGCUGUUUUAGCGCCCCCCGCAGGACAAUAUGUCGCUUAUGAUCCACUAAAUAGUCUUUAUUGUUUGUUUAUAAAAAUAUAAAACCUUUAGAAAUGUUACAACAGUUCCUGAAAUGUUAAAGACAACUUUGUCCCUGAUUCACAGCUGCUCUGUCUCUGCUACAUUAAAUUUAAAAACUCUAAAUAUGAUGUGAAGAGUAAACUGUUCUACAACACAGGGCAGGCAACAGAAGAAAAUCUACAGUAGCCCUGAAGGUCACUUACAAACACUUUUACCUGAUUGAUAAUUAUGUCAUUAAAGAUAAAACAAUGCAUUUUAAAAACUCUGUUUCAUGACAGAUUUUUACAUUAUUCAAAGAUUUUUUUCAUUUUCACAUUUUUAUGAAUUUUUGAUUAUAAAGUCUUCAGUCAGUGGUUUGGUGAUUUACAAAAUAUUUUUGAGUUAAAUAAAAAAAAUAAUAAUAAUUUCAUGGUUUUUGCAUUUUAUAAAAUUCUUCUUAUUUUUUGUGCUUCAUAAUAAAAUGUUUUUGUUUUUUCAUUGAAUGUUUUUAUGUUUAUUGAAUUGUUUUGUUUCAUGACUUAAUGUUCAAGUUUUUCAGAAAAGGUUUAAUUAAAUGUUUUGCAUUCUUUUCAAUUCAGAAAAGGUUUUUUGUUGCACAAUUUUUCUUCGUGAUUAAUAAAAUAUUCUAAUAGGAAUUUUUGUUUGACAAAAUUUUAAAAAAAGUUUUGCGUUUCAUUAAAUGUGGUAUUUCAUGAUGUUUUUACUUUUUCUGGCAUUUCUCUUUUUCAGUUCAUGAAAUGUUUUUGCGGACUGUGUAAGAAAAUCAUUUUUAAUCUUUUUCAUUAAUUAUUUUUGUUAAACGAUGUGUUUAA